GAACAGAGAGAGAGAGAGAGAGAGAGAGAGAGAGAGGAAUAAUGGGUGUGAACUCCAACAGAGUUGAGCACUUCGAUUCCCAUAAUGGCCAAACCACCACCACCAUCAAAAUCUCAAUGCCAUCAUCAAUGCCACCAUCUCUUGAAAUCCACAGAGUAGAGCUUCCACCUGAGAGAACCACUCUCCAGAAACUCAGGCAAAGACUCUCUGAAAUCUUCUUCCCCGACGACCCUCUCCACCGCUUCAAGAAUCAACCAUGCUUCAUGAAGCUCCUCUUGGCUCUUCAGUACUUCUUCCCCAUUUUCCACUGGGCCCCCACCUACACCAUUUCCCUUCUCCGCUCCGACACCAUCUCCGGCCUCACCAUUGCCAGCCUCGCCAUCCCUCAGGGAAUAAGUUAUGCAAAGCUUGCAAACCUGCCACCUAUUGUUGGAUUAUAUUCAAGCUUUGUGCCACCAUUGAUAUAUUCACUGCUUGGGAGUUCUAGACAUCUUGGUGUUGGACCGGUUUCAAUUGCGUCUUUGGUUAUGGGAUCAAUGCUUAGUGAGCAAGUUUCGUGCACGCAGAAUCCAAUUCUGUAUCUGAAACUGGCUUUCACUGCCACUUUCUUUGCUGGUUUAUUUCAAGCUUCACUCGGUAUAUUAAGGUUAGGAUUUGUGAUUGAUUUUCUAUCCAAGGCAACACUGUUGGGAUUCAUGGCAGGUGCAGCCAUCAUAGUUUCUCUGCAGCAGCUGAAAGGGUUGCUCGGAAUAGUGCACUUCACCAACAAGAUGCAAAUAAUUCCGGUUCUUCAAUCUGUUUUUAAGCAAAGACACGAGUGGUCAUGGCAAACAAUUGUACUCGGAUUUGGCUUCUUGGCCUUCUUGCUGAUAACAAGACACAUUAGCUUGAGGAAACCAAAACUAUUUUGGGUUUCAGCAGCUGCUCCCUUGACAUCAGUUAUUCUGUCAACUAUUCUAGUCUUUCUUCUCAGACAUAAGGCUCAUCAAAUUGCAAUUAUUGGGAACUUAUCAAAGGGUCUUAAUCCACCAUCUUCAAACAUGUUAUUCUUCAAUGGCGCUUACUUGGCUCUUGCUAUCAAAACUGGCAUAGUCACAGGACUCUUAUCUCUCACAGAAGGAAUUGCAGUAGGUAGAACAUUUGCAUCACUGAAGAACUACCAGGUUGAUGGAAACAAAGAAAUGAUGGCCAUUGGUCUUAUGAAUAUAGCUGGUUCAUGUUCUUCAUGCUAUGUCACAACAGGGUCCUUUUCUCGAUCCGCUGUUAACUAUAACGCUGGAGCACAAACAGCAGUUUCAAACAUAAUCAUGGCUGCGGCAGUUCUUGUUACCCUUCUAUUUCUCGUGCCACUCUUCUACUAUACCCCAAAUGUUGUCCUAGCAGCCAUUAUCAUCACUGCAGUGAUUGGCCUGAUAGAUUAUCAAGGUGCAUAUAAGCUGUGGAAGGUUGACAAACUUGAUUUCUUGGCCUGUGUGUGCUCCUUUUUCGGGGUUCUGUUCAUUUCAGUGCCUUUAGGCCUCGGCAUAGCGGUUGCAAUAUCAGUCUUCAAGAUUCUGCUUCAUGUUUCUCGACCAAACACUUUGGUUUUGGGGAAUAUACCAGGAACACAAAUAUUCCACAACGUAAACCAAUACAAAGAAGCUUUAAGAGUUCCUUCAUUUCUCAUUUUGGCUGUUGAGUCUCCAAUCUAUUUUGCCAAUUCAACUUACCUUCAAGAAAGGAUCCUGAGAUGGGUUCGCGAAGAGGAAGAGUGUACAAAAGCAAAUAACAGAAGUUCAUUGAAGUGCAUAAUUUUAGACAUGACAGCUGUAACAGCCAUAGACACAAGUGGCCUUGACACAUUAUGUGAACUUAGAAAGAUGCUGGAGAAAAGAUCACUUCAGCUUGUAUUAGCAAAUCCUAUUGGGAGUGUGAUGGAAAAGUUACAUACAUCAACAGUUUUGGAUUCUUUUGGAUUGAAAGGUGUUUAUCUCACAGUCGGAGAAGCUGUGGCUGACAUUUCAUCAUCCUGGAAAGCGGAGCCUUGAUUGUUCAUAAAUGGUGUUCUGGGACGCAGGAAAUAGACGACGUAGAAACCAUCAAACUUUUAGAACAUUUGGAGUUUUUUGCAUGCUAGAAGUGCUCUUGUUUCGAGCAAAGAAAGCAGAAAGGGAAAAAAAAAAA